AGUCCUCCGCGAGCCGACACUGGAGGCAGCAGCAGCUACAACAGCAGCGGCGGCGGCAGCGCCCCGAUCCCGCCGCGCCGUCCUCUCCCCGGGCCGCCCGCCCCGACGGCAUGGCCCGCAGCCCGCGCUUCGGGCGCCCCCAACCCCGCUGAGAGCCGCCGCGGCCCGGACCCGCGCGCCGAGGGCCCCCCGAGCCGCCGGGAUGAGCCGCGCCGAGUGGUGAUCGCCGCUCGGGAAUGCGGGUGUGAAAGGUCCGAGCAGCCGCCCCAGCGGGGAGGAGACCCCGGGACGCCGGAAACCACCAUCCCGAAGCUGCGAGAAGGGGGGGAAAAAGAGAGCAUUCUUCAUUCAGUUGUGUGCCUUGUCAGGGAUAGGAAAAAAAAUCGCUUUUUUUUUUCUUAUAAAGAAACACUUCCGUGCUACUGUCUGUCAUCGUCUCCGAGGGAAAUCAGCCAGAAUCACCGGAACGUAACCGCCAGCGGACCGGAGAGGCAGCAGCCCAGGCAGUACCUGCCGCGUCCCGGCGCCCGAGCCACCUUGGAACGGGAACGCGUCUCCGGCGGCCACGGGGCUGCGGCUCUGCCAAACUUUGGGGCGGGCGGGAGUACCGAGGGGGGCUUGGAAUAGACGGAGGGCGGCCCCCUAACCAUGAUGUUUCGCGACCAGGUCGGGGUGCUGGCGGGCUGGUUUAAGGGCUGGAACGAGUGCGAGCAGACUGUUGCGCUGCUAUCGCUGCUGAAGCGCGUGAGCCAGACCCAGGCCCGCUUCCUCCAGCUCUGCCUGGAGCACUCGCUGGCCGACUGCACCGAGCUGCACGUCCUGGAAGGCGAGGCCAACAGCCCGGGAAUCAUUAACCAAUGGCAACAGGAAUCCAAGGAUAAAGUGAUUUCCCUCCUGUUAACUCACCUGCCUUUGCUGAAGCCAGGAAACCUUGACGCAAAAGUAGAGUAUAUGAAACUGCUGCCCCAAAUCCUGGCUCACUCAAUUGAACACAACCAGCAUAUUGAGGAGAGCAGGCAGCUGCUGUCCUAUGCUUUGAUCCAUCCAGCCACAUCGCUGGAAGACCGCAGUGCUCUGGCCAUGUGGCUGAAUCACUUGGAGGACCGCACAUCGACCACCUUUGGCAGCCAGAACCGUGGCCGUUCAGACUCUGUGGAUUAUGGACAGACGCACUACUAUCACCAAAGACAAAACACCGAUGACAAGCUCAACGGGUGGCAGAACUCUCGGGAUUCUGGGAUUUGCAUCAAUGCCUCCAACUGGCAGGACAAAAGCCUGGGGUGUGAGAACGGUCAUGUGCCCCUCUACUCCUCCUCAUCCGUCCCCACCACAAUCAAUACAAUUGGAACCAGCACAAGUACAAUUCUCUCAGGCCAGGCACACCACAGCCCUUUGAAACGAUCUGUGUCCCUUACCCCACCCAUGAAUGUGCCAAACCAGCCUCUAGGACAUGGAUGGAUGUCUCAUGAGGACUUACGAGCUAGAGGACCCCAGUGCCUCCCAUCCGAUCAUGCCCCCCUGUCUCCACAAAGCAGUGUAGCCUCGUCAGGAAGUGGAGGGAGUGAACACUUAGAAGAUCAGACCACUGCUCGUAACACAUUCCAAGAAGAAGGUAGUGGUAUGAAAGAUGUUCCAGCCUGGUUAAAAAGCCUCCGCCUGCACAAGUACGCUGCGCUUUUCUCCCAGAUGACCUAUGAGGAAAUGAUGGCCCUCACUGAGUGCCAGCUGGAGGCUCAGAACGUUACCAAAGGUGCAAGACACAAAAUUGUCAUCAGUAUUCAGAAGCUCAAAGAAAGACAGAACCUCCUGAAGUCUUUGGAAAGGGAUAUCAUCGAAGGUGGUAGCCUGCGCAUCCCCCUCCAGGAGCUGCACCAGAUGAUCCUGACGCCCAUCAAGGCCUACAGCUCCCCGAAUGCCACACUGGAUGCCCGCCACCAGGAGCCACCGGUCCCACACCAGCCCUCACUGAUGGGUCCUGAGAACCAGAGCCCGGACUGCAAGGACAGCUCCGUGGCCGCUAGCGCUGCCGCCAGUGCUGCUGCGGGCGCCAGCGGCGGGCUGCAGCCACACCAGCUGAGCAGCUGUGAUGGGGAGCUGGCUGUGGCCCCCCUGCCAGAAGGGGACCUCCCCGGGCAGUUCACACGCGUCAUGGGGAAAGUGUGCACACAGCUCUUGGUCUCCAGACCUGAUGAGGAAAAUAUAAGUUCCUAUUUACAGCUCAUAGACAAGUGUCUCAUUCAUGAGGCAUUUACAGAAACGCAGAAAAAAAGAUUGUUGUCAUGGAAACAGCAGGUGCAGAAGCUCUUUCGGUCCUUCCCUCGGAAAACCCUUCUAGACAUAUCAGGAUAUCGACAGCAAAGAAAUCGGAGCUUUGGGCAGUCUAACUCCCUCCCGACGGCUGGCUCUGUGGGUGGUGGCAUGGGCAGACGGAACCCACGCCAGUACCAGAUCCCUUCUCGCAAUGUCCCUUCCGCCCGCCUGGGUCUCUUGGGCACCAGUGGAUUUGUCAGCUCCAACCAGCGCCACACCGCGGCCAACCCCACCAUCAUGAAGCAAGGAAGACAGAACCUGUGGUUCGCCAACCCAGGCGGCAGCAACAGCAUGCCCAGCCGCACGCACAGCACUGUGCAGAGGACCCGCUCGCUGCCCGUGCACACUUCACCACAGAACAUGCUGAUGUUCCAACAGCCAGAGUUCCAGCUUCCUGUGACUGAACCUGACAUCAACAAUCGGCUGGAGUCCUUGUGUCUCAGUAUGACCGAGCAUGCCCUGGGAGACGGGGUUGACCGAACCUCCACAAUCUAAAAGCUGAAGAUGAGAGUGACCGCGCUGGCCGUGAAAUCGACUGCUGCGGGCCCAGUGUCAGACAUCUUCAGGGUUGCAUAGAAUCCUCCAAGAUACUUUGCAGUCUUUUCCCCCUGGUCCCUCGCCCAUUUUGAUUUUGUGAGAGCGUAGGUCAUCCUUGUAAACAUAUCAGUAGACCUG